AUGAUGAUGAAGUGUGCGAAUGAAAUCUACGUUCCUGCGCAAGAGACUAUAGUACGAAAGUGGCAAAGCGCGACUAUAAUUCUGGACGAGCUGCGCAAUUACGAGGAAACGGUCAUUGAAACCUUCGGGUUUGGCCUUCAGCUCCUGUCGGACACUGGACAUUCGGAUGUGCGGAAGACCAUUUUAACAACACUACAUUUGAACACCGUGAUUAUUACCUUGCGGCCGUUCAUCAUACUCCGUGGGAAGCUCAGACGCAAACAAUCUGAGAAUGCAAAUGAAAAUUCCAAUCCGUUCCCGCGCUGGCUGGAUGGCGCAUGUGAGUUUGCCCUCCAGGCAACAAGACAAUUGGUUCAUUAUCUCUACGUCGCCAUAACGGAAAAUUACACUGUCAAGGCCAUGCUGUUCAAUCACGUCUUCCUGGAGAAUUGCUGUGCGGUGCUCAUUUACGAAAUUCUACAUGACCGUACCAAGGCUUCCGAUCAUUUGCCUUGCGUCUAUCAGGCUCUCCACUCUCUGCUGCAGAUGAGGGACGCUAAGCCUAUCCAGCAUCUCAUAUGCAUACUGCAGAAGCUUCUACAUGAGGUUCAUCCCUCUGAGUCUGACCAGUUGACGUACCGACAGGAGGGCGGGAGGUCGCGGCAUUUGCAUGAAACGCUACAUACCUAG